AUGGUUCUAACUUCCAUAUGUCGAUUUCCCUCCAAAUCAUGUACAAAACUUCCCGUUGAAGAAGAGACGUUGAUCAGGAAUAUCUACAAUUUUAUACACCAGAGUUAUAAAAGGCAAACUGAAUUUCAGGAAUUCCAAAUAUUUUAUGAUUUAAAACCAAAUAAGUUGUUACAACCAUCACAAACUCGUUGGCUAUCAGUCAAUGCUGCUGUAAAACGUGUUAUAGAGCAGUUUGAAGCAUUAAAGGCAUACUUUGCACUACAAAAUUUUGAAAAUGAUAAGUUGGCUACCUGUGCUUGUAAAAAUAUUUAUAAAUGUUUAAAUAAUCAAAUUUAUAAACUCUAUUUUGAAUUUCUUGAAUAUAUAUUACCUGUCAUCACUGAUUUGAAUGCUGAAUUUCAAUUGGAAAAACCGAAAGUAUAUAUUUUAUACUCACGUAAAGCUGAAACGUACAAAUUCAUCCUGAGCUGUUACAUAAGAGACAAUAUUUUAAAAUCUAUUGACAUAUCUAAACUACAAUACAGAAAUCCUGUUAAUUUUAAACCAAAUGAGGACAUUUAUUUUGGACCAACCAUAUGCUUGUUGGACAUACACACAUGUCUGCUGAUGGAAUACAUGGUAAUAUAG